GACACACAUUGCAUGCAUUAUAGCUACCCAGCCACCUUCAGCGGAGGAUAAACAGAUCAGAGAUCUGGAGAUUCCAGCUUCAGUGGACUGGUUUUUAUUGUCUUAUCGGUUUAAGGAGGCAGUAUUCCGGGGCUAGGGUUUUUUUUAACAGAGCAGCUGCAGAAAUGUGCUGGUUUGUUUUCGCUUCCUCACUCGUUUGUACCACUGCAGGCUGAAGCGGGGGUUGUGUAGACUGCACAUUUCCAUGCAGGGAGAUUGAGCUCGAAGUUUUUUAGCCAGGCUCGGUUUUUGUCUCCGCUGCAAGUGCUGAUCUCCACUUUCACCAAUCCUAGCAGGAGCUGGACGGACAGAUCUGAGGAGACGGGCUGAUAAAUUGCCAACAAUGAAGGUGGAAUUACCUCCAAUUGCAACAUGGCUGCUGCUGCUGCUGCUCAGAGGUUUUAUGGGAGAAGUUUAGUCCCUGAGCUGAAAUAAGUUUUAUCUGCUGCCCGAGGCGAAGACUGGUCUGAGAGAAGACCUCUGAUUUGGAGUAGAAGAAGAGGAGCUGCAGAGCCCAGACUAAACAGUGGUGAAACCAGGACAGACAGAGAGAGAGAGAGACGGCUGGUUUAGGGGGAUAGAGAGACAGGGGACUGACUUUCUGUGUGGAUUUACUUGCAACUAGGAGGAAAAGACGUCUGACUCGCAUAUAUUAAAGUUUUAAUCGAGAGGAAAAUGCAUUUCUCUAUACCUGAGACGGAGGUCCGCUCCGGGGAAAACGGAUCUACAUACGUGGCCUACAAUAUCCAUGUUAAUGGCGUGCUGCACUGUCGGGUACGCUACAGCCAGUUAUUAGGCCUACAUGAACAGAUAAAGAAGGAGUAUGGAAACAAUGUGGUGCCAACCUUUCCCCCAAAGAAGAUCUUCACCUUGACACCAGCGGAGGUGGAGCAGCGGAGGGAACAGCUGGAGAAGUACAUGCAGGCCGUGCGCCAGGAUCCCCUGCUGGGAGCUAGUGAGAUGUUCAACAGCUUUUUGAGAAAAGCUCAACAGGAGACGCAACAAAUCCCCACUGAAGAUGUUCAGCUGGAAAUCCAUCUCUCCAACGGCCAGAAAGUUAAAGUUAACAUUCUGACAUCAGACCAGACAGAAGACGUGCUGGAGGCAGUUGCAACAAAACUGGACCUGCCUGAUGAUCUGGUGGGAUACUUCAGCCUCUUCCUGAUACAGGAAGGUGUGGAGGGCAGCUGCACGUUCGUGAGAAAGCUGCAGGAGUUCGAGCUGCCCUACGUGUCCGUCACCAGCUUGCGCAAUCCAGACUACCACAUUGUCCUCCGUAAAAGCUAUUGGGACUCGGCAUAUGACCGUGAUGUAAUGGAAAACAGAGUGGGCCUUAACUUGUUAUAUGCUCAGACUGUGUCUGACAUUGAGCGGGGCUGGAUACUCGUGAACAAAGACCAGCACAGACAGCUGAAAUCCCUGCAGGAGAAGGGCUCAAAGAAAGAGUUCAUCAGGUUGGCCCAAACCCUGAAGUAUUUUGGUUAUAUCAAGUUUGAUCCCUGCGUCACGGAUUUCCCCGAAAAGGGGUGUCACGUCAUUGUCAGUGCCGGCAACAACGAACUCAACUUUCACGUCAAACUGCCCAACAACCAGAUGAAGGAGGGCAGCUUUAAAGUUACACGUAUGAGGUGCUGGCGGGUCACGUCUUCGCAAGUGCCAGUGGCCAAUGGCACCGCUAACCCCUGCAGUUCCAGCAAGUGUGAGGUCAAACUGGAACUAGCCUUUGAGUAUCUGAUGAGUAAAGACCGUCUGCAGUGGGUCACCAUCACCAGUCCACAGGCCAUCAUGAUGAGCAUUUGUCUCCAGUCGAUGGUAGAUGAACUAAUGGUGAAGAAGUCUGGAGGAAGCAUUAAAAAGCAGAUGCAGAAGAAGCGUCUCAACGGUUCCAUCCAUCGAUCGGACAGUCAGCAAGCUGUGAAGUCUCCGCCGUUACUGGACUCUCCUGAUCCCAGCAAAGAACAAGUCGUCAAACUCUCGACCAAGCUGAGUUCGGUCUCUCUGAGGGGGAUCAGUGCUUCCAACUCGGCUAAUGAUCUCAGCGGCAACGAGUUCCAUGGAAACUACGCCUUUGAAGGGAUUGGAGAUGAUGACCUGUGAUGCUCCUCUUAGACUGAACCACAGGAGAGCUGAGCCAAGCCAAGCCUAGUUUUGAGGAGAGGGGCACAAUGCGCUUCUGCAAGAUUCCAACCCCACUGAGCACUCUAUUGCCCUACUCUAAGGUCUACUACAGCAUCGCUACAAUAGUCCAAAGCACACAUGCACACAUCGGGCCUGAAUGAUUUUGGGGAAUAGAUUAAAAACAUUCCGUUCUUUUAGAUUUUCUCAUUUUGCGAAAAGUGUAUAGAACAUUAUUCAAAAAUGUGCCCAAACAAACUAUAUCCAAAGGGAGCUAACAGUCAGUUGAGCAACAGAAAGAAAGUAGGUGUUUUGAAGGAAAAUAAGGCAUGAAGAUGCUAGCUAGGGCUGCACAAUAUGGACUUAAUUAUUUUUUUGCAGUUACUGUAAUAGGUCUUCCAAUAUGCUGAAAACACUGUAAACCCUUAAUAAAUUUAAAGUGGUAAUUGGCCUGUCGUUGUCAUUUUAAGAGACUUUGAUGCCACUGAUAUAAUGCUAAUGCUAAACACAACAAUGCAAUUACACAUAACAUUGAAAGAUUAAUAAAUGAGUUAAGACUAUUCAUACAUUGCAAUUGGAUUAUUAAAAUGCUUAAAUAUACUAAAUAAAUAAAAAGGAAAUAAAAUAAAAUGGACUGUUUUAAACAUAGUUAACAUACCAUGUUGUUCACUUUAAUGGGCUCUUCUCAUUAAAGCCCUGUCUGAACUGGAUUAGUUACUCAGGGGGGAUGUCUGUGAAAAAUAUUUCUACUCAUUGAUAAAACUCUUUCUUCUGGACUGCAAUUUAAAAAUUUAAAAAACGGGAGCACUAGUGAGUUUUUUUGGCUUUCUUGGUCACAUGACCUCGUUCAGUAGCUCCUCCAUUUCCACUCGCUGUUGUGUUUACAUGGAUUUCCAUGGGAACACGCACCCAAAGUGGAAUUACGGUGUGUAGGAGUGGACAAAUAGCUAUUUUAUUAAACGUGAGGAGACGAAACUCAGAGAUGUCGAUCCAGACAGUUAUAAAAUUACUGGGGGACCACAUAGUUCAGUGAAGGACGUCUGAGAAAAAAACAUGCAUGGUUGUUCCGGACGUGAAUAAAUUCACAGAGGAAUAAAAGAAAAAAUUACCACAAGACCCCCACAAACUAAUCCUGUCCGGAAGGGGCUUUUGUAAAAACAAUAUCUAUGCUAAUUUCCAACCCAAAAUAUUAGAUUUUUUAAAUCAUAUGAAUGCCUCAAUUCAUGGAAUCCCCAAAAAGGACAUUGGUCAUGGGAUUGAUUGUUCAGUAUGCUCCCAGUGCACAAAAAACAGCUAUAGGUUUGAUGCUCAUUUCCAUAUUGUGCACUGCACACUUCUGCAGUAUCAAUAAUGCAAAUCUAAUGCUAAUGAUUGACAAUGUGAUGAUACAUUGUGCAGCCCUAAUCCUUGCCACAAAUCAUGCAUAAUAAAUUGACCAAUUUGACCAUCUGUGACACAAAUACUGUACUUCUGUUCAGUUAAAAACAAAUCUUUAAGCAUUCCUGUUGCUUUAUUUAGUUGAUUUGCAUCUAGUGAUUGCAUCCAGGACAGAGACGUAUUUAUUGGCUGUGAUGAAGGUUGCUGCUGACGUUAACCUCCAGCACUAAGUAGUACUUUUUCUUAUUAGAGACUCAAUGCUGUGCUUUCUCAUCCUGUUUCUGUGUUACCAAAUGGCUCGGCAUUACAUGAAGUUCAGACCUCCUUAUCUCAAGCUGAUGACUGCAAUGAUAGCUUAUUGUAGUUUGGAGAACACAGAUCAGUGCGAAAUGUGCCAACAUUAGCAGAUUCGAACUGUAAAACUGUAAAACGUAGCCUAAACGUUAACUCGAAACAGAGGUCUUAAUGGCCAUGGCUCUUAUAACUGCAGUUACCAGUAUGCUGUAAAAGUAGGAGAAGCAAAACCAGGGAAAAGUUCAGGGGAAACUGCUGCCUUCAGUACGUGCAGUGUGCCAAUUCUUGCCAUUUUUUCUUUUCUUUUUUUUUUUUUUUUUCCUGUUCUGUUUGUCUUUUGUCUUGUCGUUAAUGCUCGGAGUUCUCAAUGCCUUCAGAACAUUUUGUUAUCACAUCAGGAUCAUCACUAUCAUCUGUGUAUUGAUCAGAAGUCUUGAUACAGGUUCUAGAUUAAUGGAGACCUGCUCAUCCUACAUAGAUCAUGCUUCAUUAAUUCAGUCACAGUAAUAGAGUGGCCUGCUUUUUCCUGUUUGCCUUACAGUUACUCAGCCGCCUUACAUUUUAGGAUCAGCUUGUCUAGCAGUUUGAAUCACACAGCCAGCGUUUGGAAGCCAUUGGCUCAGAGCCGUGUCAGUGUUGGGGUCCUAGCCAGUGGAAGCUCUGGACAGAAAUCUUGCAGAAUUUACUGGAGUUUUGUUGGUGGUUUGGCAGAACUGCUUGCACAUGUUAAACCCAUGGUUUUGCACAGUAUUAGGGAGGACAGAUGGCAUGAUUUGAUAUUUAUUGAUAUCUUAACAUCUUAACCAUGGAGAACACAUUCUCAAACAUGUAGAAGUGGUUUGGGUGUCAUUUGAUCAUUUUUUCCUGUUUUCUUUUUUUGUUUGUUUUGUUUGUUCGUUUGUUUUUUCUUUACUUUCCCCAACCAAUAUUUUGUGAAAGGUUUCUCAUAAAUGCCAAAAUUAUAGUUUACUAAAGCAUUUUGCACAAAAAUACAUUUAAAAUCAUGUUAUUGUCACUUUUAUAAAUGUACAUGCAAUUAAAAAAAAGUAUUCUGAGCAUUUUACUAAUAUGUAUUAUCAUUAGUGUAUUAUAAUCAUAUACAGUAGAUCAAAUAUAUAAUCUAAGCUGUGUAAAAAAGAAACUAGCAUUUAUCACUGUUUACAAAAUUGUAGAAAAUUGUGAGUAGAAAUUGAAAGAAAAAAAUGUUUACAAAUUCAAUAUCUGAAUUUUCAUUGAUUUAUGUCUUUUACUCACCAUGCCUUUAUUUUUUGGAGAACAUCAUGCUUUUUUUAAUAUCCAUUUUGUAUUUUAUCAAAUACAUUGUGGCAAUCAUGUACUGGGACUGUGUGAAAACGGUGCUUGGAAAAUGGCUACAUUUGAUAUCUCAUGCUAGCAGAUGUGUCCAUGUCAAUCCGAGCAAAAUGGCCAUUGUUUUUCUUUCGUUGAAUGGCCUUCAUUCCAGAGACACGGUCUUCAGUGUGAUUCCUACUUAUCCAGAGACUGUAAACAGAAUCCUGAUUGGGUUUAUAUUCCUGGAAAACCUGUCUGGCUGGAUGUGGUGGAAGAAGAGUGUGUUAUUGUUCUGGUCAACAGGUGGCUGAUGGUUUCAUUUAUGUCUGUAUUAUUAUAUGAUUGUCGACUUCACUAUGCCCACCAGCUUAUCUAGAAAUGAUGUGCUUUUAUCUUCAUCACCAUGUUAAAUUUAUGAACAACGAAUCAAAGCUGCACAAUGCUGAGUCCUGGAUUUCAAUAAAUUUAGGUGCCAAAUAA